AUGCUCUGUUUAAGCAUUAUACUCCCAAAUUUCAGUCUAGAUUUGCUGCUGGACAAAGAACCGUUCAGGAGUCGACUCUUAUUGAUGAGCUGAGUCAAUCUAUGUGACUCACUGAUAAAGUGCAGCCUGUUUCUGAGAGUUUGUAGCCAAUCGCUGUUCACAAGGUGGGGUCUAUCGGAAUACGGGUGGGAAAUAGGAACCAAACGAGCUGUGUGAAAUCUGACCAGACCAUUUUUUUACAUAGAAACGAACCAUGUUUUACAGUUAAAUUAUCGCUGUAAUAUUUACAAUAUAAAUAUUAUUUAUUUGUUUUAAUUAAAAGGUACAAGUACUGCUAGGUAAUAAGCGUGACAUGGUUCUUGGUAGAAACAGUUACUAAUUAGCAUAGUUGCUAACAGACUAGCCGGGUGUGGAUGAACCGCAGUGGGUAAUACGGCGGCAGCAGGAUGACCGAAUAUAAGCUGGUGGUGGUAGGAGCAGGUGGUGUUGGGAAGAGUGCACUCACCAUACAGCUCAUCCAGAAUCACUUCGUAGAUGAAUAUGACCCCACCAUAGAGGACUCCUACAGAAAGCAGGUUGUAAUCGAUGGUGAAUCAUGUCUGCUGGACAUCCUGGACACAGCAGGACAAGAAGAGUACAGUGCCAUGAGGGACCAGUAUAUGAGGACCGGAGAGGGCUUUCUUUGUGUGUUUGCCAUCAAUAACACCAAAUCUUUUGCUGAUGUGCAUUUGUACCGGGAGCAGAUCAAGCGAGUAAAAGACUCUGAUGACGUGCCCAUGGUUCUGGUUGGAAACAAAUGUGAUUUGGCCAAAACCGUUGACACCAAGCAGGCUCAGGAGCUAGCCAGGAGCUAUGGCAUCGAAUUUGUUGAAACAUCAGCCAAGACCAGACAGGGGGUCGAGGAUGCUUUUUACACCCUCGUCCGGGAGAUUCGUCAUUACCGCAUGAAAAAGCUCAACAGCAGGGAGGACAGGAAACAGGGCUGCCUCGGAGUGUCCUGUGAAGUCAUGUGAUUAGGACGUCCUCCACCUCUCCGGAGAGCCUCGGAAGAGUAUCAGCCAGCCGCAGAAUACUUAGUGAUUCAUUUUGCAUCACUAGUCAGUUAUAUAGUGUAUAGAUCAGUAGUGGAGUCUCCGAAGGGCUUCAUGUGCUGGCUACAAGGGAUCAAUUCAAACCUGCUGUACCUGCUGUGAUGGAAAAGUGGUGCCGUUUAAGUGACAGUAGGCCCUCUGAUUAUUUUAAUUGAUGUGCAUUUAUCUCAUAAGUCAUUACAUGAUGGAAUCUUGCUUACUGCAUUAUUAAAAAAUUGGACUUCA